AUGAUCCGGACAGCUGCAUGGCGCAUUGCUAACCGCCGUGCACUUACUAUCAUCUUCUCAUGCGUUCCCUCCUCCCUCAAGCGUGACCUUCGCCCCCCAUCCUCCCCCUCCCUCUGGAAGUCUCUCUCCUCCCAAUAUGAUCGCCAGGACCUACGUUCCCUCCUCUCCCUCUUUCGCACAUUCCAAGACAUCACACUGGACUCCUCCCUCAACGCUGCUUCCUUCGCUCGGCGCCUCACAGACACUGCACAACGUCUCAAUGAUCGUGGCAUCUUAAUCUCCGACACCCUCCUCACAGCACGCAUCCUUGACUGCCUCCCACCCACCUACGACACUUAUCGCAUCAACUUCACCUCCCAGCACAUCCGUCUUCCUCCUGUGGCUGUUACCAUCGACUGGCUUCUUGACAGUGAGGCUGACCUUCUGCGUGAAUCUGCCUCCAUCAAUGCCGUUCAUGCGCGCAAAGGAACAAACACCGGCGGCAGCAGCGGGGGCGGACCAGGACGUGGCUCGGGCGGUGGUGGAAGAGGAGGCGGUCGCGGAGGUGGACAAGGAGGGCGCACUGGGGAACGUGGCGGGCGUGGGGCAAUCACUUCAACCACGGGUGGGCUCUCUCCGUGCCAAUCCAUCCUCACUAAACUCCUUGACGGCCUCCCCUUACCCUUCCCCCCCUCCUCCUUCCCCCCUCCCCUCCUUGCUCAGUUUGCGUUGAAAGCAAGCUAA